ACCGCCUCUCCCUGCACUCUCCCUCUCUCUUUCUCUCUCUCUCUCUCUCUCUCUCUCAAACACACACACAGCAACUCACACACACACACACUGAGGCAGGCGUGCGCACUCACAGACCGAGGGGGAGAGAGGGAGUGUAAGGGGAGCGAACACAUCGCAGCAGAGAUGCAGCAGGAGGUUUUCCGAGAUUUCGGGGACUGGUCAUGGUGUCCAGUGCGAAGGUAUGGGACCCCCCCCAUGCGGGUCUUACUCAGCCACAUCUGAGAGAACAACGUCUGGCUCCAGGCCUCGCUCCCCUCUGCAACUCCUCAUACGCCGCUGCGAAGGACACUGCCCUCCACCAAAGUCGGCAGCUGUCACCUUUGUCUUCCCCACCUCCACCGUUGGUGACCCUCGGCACCCGUCACCCAGCUCAACAUUCACCUGUCAGUUUGUACAGUGGGAGCAAGACCGAACCACUAAUUAAACCUGCCCACAGUCUUGGUGUGGUCUCUCAGUCUGUGGAAGAGGAGGAAGAGGAAGCCGAGCAGCUGAACAUGAAGGGGAAACGACUCGGAUAUCGCGUAGAGGCCACACUGGACGACAAGCUGGAGGACAUGGGUGAGGGACCUAAAAAUGCAAAAAUCACCCUCAGCUUCCCGCUUAGCGCCGCGCCACUCCCAACGUCGCUGACGUCACCGGACCACUGUCACAGCUCUUCCUCAUCCUCACCUUCCCCCCACCGGCGGCGCCUGUCCUCCAAGAGCUCAGACAAGGGGUCGCUGUGGAAGCUGGACGCCACCACGGAUGUAAAGCACAGACCCUUUAAGCCCCCAAGACACGACAGCUCUCCGUCCUCCUCGCCUUCCUCCUCCUCCUCGCCCAUGGCCUCGUUCAUCAGGAAGGACCUGAAAUCCCCGCCACCUCUUAAGUGCUCCAAACUCAGUUCAGACUCUCAGAUUCACAGGUCACCCCCAAGAGCUUCCAGUGGAUCUUUAGGAGGCUGUUUCAGUGGAGACGGGUGGGAUGAAAGGCACAGAGUGGCCAACGGAACGGCCUCGCCCUCUCAGACGGCCCAGAUCCUUUUCAGUCUGGGCACGUCGGCCUAUCAGAGAGGCGUGGAUGCAGAGAGGAGAGAGAAACUGACAGGGAGGCCAGUCGGAAAAACAGGGAGUCCCCACAGACCAAGUCUUCAUCCGCCAACCAUCCACCUCCCUCCUCCCUUGCCUCCGCUGCCUCCCCCACCUUCCGAAGGUCUUACCGCACCCCCCCACCCGUCCUCCUACCCCCCUCCCGACAGCAUGAAGCCGGAGUUGAUUUGUGGCGUGUGCCACCGGCUGUUCAGCUCAGCCUCCUCCCUCACGGUCCACAUGCGGCUGCAUCGUGGCAGCCGCGCCCUGAGCUGCCGCUACUGUGGCAAAGUCUUCAUCCACAGCAAGAGACUGCAAUCCCACGAGGGCUCCUGCAGGGUGCCAGGCCUGCGCCCUCCGUCCCUGACUGUGCAGCCAAAGGAGGAGCCGCUGGAGGAUGGUGAGGUGAGAGUGGAAGGGGGAGUGAUUGUGGGACAGACGGACAUCAGCAAAGGACGGCCCGGGAAGAAAGUGCGGAGCCUCCUGGCGCGUAUCCAGGCUGGUGACGCAGCAGCCACGGAGCUGCUGGCAGGUGAUGAGAACCAUUUUGUGAAGGUGGUGGACGGCAACGUCAUCUACUUCUGUUCAGUGUGCGAACGUUCCUACAUGACCCUGUCCAGCCUGAAGCGUCAUUCCAACGUUCACUCGUGGCGGCGUAAAUACCCCUGCCACUACUGCGACAAGGUCUUCGCCCUGGCUGAGUACCGCACGAAGCACGAGGUGUGGCACACGGGAGAGCGCCGCUACCAGUGCAUCUUCUGCUGGGACGCCUUCGCCACCUACUACAACCUCAAGACACACCAGAAGACGAUUCACGGGAUUAAUCCGAGCCUGAUCUCCAGUGAAAAGACGGCUAACGGGGGUUAUAAACAGAAAGCAAACGCCCUCAAGCUCUACCGCCUUCUCCCCAUGCGCUCCCAGAAGAGACCCUACAAGACCUAUAGUGACAGCUUACAUAAUGGCCUUCUACUUCCACCAGCUGAUGCCCCCUCCCUCUCCAUGACUGGCCUUGGCUGCGCUUUGGGCCCCGGGGACCUGCAGAGCAUCAUUGCAAGAGCCCCCCCUCAGAGUCUAAAGCCCGACCCAGAUGCUUUCCCUGAUGGCUUCCCGAUCUCUCUUGCUGCUGAGCACAGAGACCUCUCUGAGCUUGCGCUUGAGCCCCAAAUUAGGACAGACGAAAGCGAGGCCCUGGAGUUAGAGCAGCAGAGAGGCAGUUUCAAAAUAUCCAGUAGCAGUAAACUCAAAACCUUUAAAGCAGGUCGAGGCACAGAAGCAGGGAUGCCCUCUGUUAUAACAUAUGGACACACGAAACCCUCUGUUAUAGUUCACGGAGCAGCUGUGUCAUCCUCAGUCAUUGUUCACAGCAAUCAGGUUACUUCUGGAAGCGAGAAAAGUCCAGUAACGAGCCCGUCCCCCGAAACAGGUAGCAGUCAGAUUUUAACAAAAAGCAGUCCUAAAGCCAUCAAAAAGCAAAGGGAUAGCACAGAUAAUCACAGAAAGAGGUCCAGAGACAGUUCAGACACAACAGACGAGUGCUCGAAAGGCAGACACGACACUGAGAUAGGCAGAGCAUUUCACAAACCCCGCAAGUCCCACAAUAAGAGUGCAAACGCGGCCCCAAAGGAGGCGUCAGCAUCUGGAGGCUCACAGGCCAAAGAAUCAGGGCCACUGUGUCAGAUAACUGUGCGCAUCGGCGAGGAGGCCAUAGUGAAGCGCAGCAUCUCAGAGACGGACCUUAAAAGAGACAAGAGCAUUUCUCCUCCGAAAAUCAAACGCAGUGAAACAUCAUCCUUUAAGGAGCCACGGCAAACCCACUCACACCACCACCACCACAAACACCGCCCGCUAAGCAGAGCCAGCCUGGAAGAAGAUGGGGACAAGGAAGCGGGAGAAGACGAGGAGGAGGUGGAGGAGCAAGAAAGCCGGAACAAAAGGUCCAAGUCCCCCGAUCAGGUGAGGGAGUACUUCUUUCGUAAGGGGGUGCGGGAGCAGGACAGUGACAAUGACAUGGAGGAUAAUUUAUGGCGACCUUACUACUCCUACAAGCCUAAGAAAAAGGCCCAGGCACAUCUACAGAGAGUGAAGAACUGGCAACGGAAACUCAAGUACAAGCGCUCCAUCCGACUCAAGAGGAGGGCAGAGAGGCUGAAGAGGCUUCUGAAUAAACAAACGGAGAAAUCACAAGAUGAGGAGGAGGACAGGACAACUGAGGAGGCUGAGAAACUGUCUAAACCUGACAAGGACGUUAAAGAGGAAAGAAAGAAGGAUAAUCUCUCUUCCCCUUUAAAGGAGAAAAAGCAGGAUGUAGAGGAACAGGUUAAAGAGCCCUGUCAUGAGGUUUCCACCCCCCCUGUGUGCUCUCCAAAGCCCCCUCUGUCUACCUCAGUGGCUCCCACAGGAAUAAAGAGGAGGCCUUGGACUAAUGGGAAUGCAGCAGAGUGUGGCACAUGUGGCCGCUGGUUCUCAAGCCCCAGGAAGCGAGACAAACACGAGCUCAGCCAUCUGCUGGAGUUUGUAUGCCUCUUCUGUCGUGCCACUUUCCCCUCAAGGGAAAAGUUGGAAGACCACCAGAAAACCCAGCAUCCUAAACCCACUGAGGCAUCCUCUGUGACCACUAAAUGUGGUGAGCAAGCGGCAGGCGUCGGGAUCAAAUCCAUGCCUGAAAUCUCAAAGUUCGACGACGAUAAAGGGGGACCGCUUGGACUAGGAGGCAGCAAUUCCAGUCCCAGUCGUCUAAGCAGAAGAGCCCUAUCGAGACACACCUGUCCGCAGUGCCACAAGGUGUGCAAGACGUCGUCGGCGCUAACUCGCCAUAUCCGACGUCACGACUUAAGUAGUUCUCCAGAAAGAGACAAAGAAGAUAACAACUCAGAGGCGACACCCCCCAAAAGAGUUGCUGAACCUCUUUGCACAGAUCCAGAGACUGAUAAAGGACAGACUCCCAGUGCUCUUUCUGUUUCAGUUAUCAGCUAUUCACCUCCAGAGCUACCAAGCGGCGGUGACUGUUUGGCAUCACAGCGGCACGACGACCAUCCAAGUGACAUUACAAGCAAACGCCUGAAAUCAAACUCGAGUGAAGGACCUGAACCGACACAGCUUGCACUUCCUGCUCCAGAGAAAGAGCCUGUACCACAAACCGCAGACCCUCCAUCGGGAAGUCCCGUUAACCUCACGCCCGUCAAACCUGAGGUCCCGCCUGCCGCACCCUCGUCACUCCAGAGUGUGCUCGUCAUGAACGGGCCUGACUGUCUCGACUACCGCAUGCCAAUUAAGAAAAGCCUGGACAGUCAGAUCCACAGAAAAGCCAGCCCUUUGCAUUUUGUGACUUCCAACAACACCUCUCCGAAUGUGCCCAUGACAUCACAGACCAGAAUAACCACUGCUGCUCCUCCUGUUUCCAUGACAACAGCUCCCAACUCUGAAGGGGGAUUCGCAAGACGGGAUGGGGUCAUUAUCGACAGAGAGCGGCAGAGUGGAACCAGUACAAUUCUACACACAGGCUACAAAGAACCGCCUCUGCUCCAAGAUCGCAGAGUCCAGUCCCUGUCCCGGAGUCCCUCUCCCGACGAAGCACAAGACCUGACCAUGUCCUCUAUUUUAGCUCGGGAGAGGGAGAUCGAAAGGCAAAGGGAGGCAGAGCUAGAGCUGGAGAGACAGAGGGAACGGAGGAGGAACAUGGAGAUCGAGAAAGAGAAAAUCUGUAGGAUUGCUCAUUCUCCACAGGAGCAAAACGCUCUCAUUGUCCCUAAAGAAGAGCCUUUGAGCCCUGUAGCAUCGCCCCAACAUAUGUCUACCCAAACCACUAUAAAUGGACCCUGUUUGCGCAGGCACACUCCUAAGUCCCCCUGCCGGCCCCCUUCAACUACUGGACUGAAGGCUCAGGCGAGCCGGCAGGUUCAUUCAAGUUCACAAGGACUUGACAGGCUGACGCUGCCCACCGGAGCAGCUGGUGCCGCUGAGCGCCCCUCUGCACACGCUCUGCUUCUUCCCAGAGCCUCCCAGCCGCCUGAGCCGGACCAUCAGGACACUUUCUCUUCCAGAGAUUCACAGCAGGGGGACACGACCCCAGCUGACUACCCGACCCAGGAUUAUCCCCUUCCCCUCAUUGUGCCAGACAGCUACAGAUCUGUUAAGAAGCAGGAGGAGAACCUGCUCAUGUCCACUUAUCCUCCUGGAGCACUGCCCUUUGGCCCGCUGGGGAAGGUCAUCGUACCCGACGGGGGCGACCUCGGCAAGCUGCCGUUCUACCCGGACCCUUACCAGCUGCUCUACGGCCCGCAGCUAUUAGCCUACCCCUACAACUUGGCUGCGCUUCCCGUGGCUCUGAACAUGAUGGCGCCAGGAGGGGACAAGGUGGAGCCUCUGCCGUUCCUCCCCACCAUCUUCAACUACGCAGCCACUGCUGGACCUUACAUGGGCGCAGCACCUCACCCGCUCGUGGCGAACCCUGGCCUCUACAGCAGCGGCGGCAGUGGCAAAAAGCAGCGAGAUGGCAGCGGCAGCAAACAGUAGGACACAACUGCACUGUAAGGAGCGUAACUCAAACAGGACAACCUUGUCUGCUCUGGCCGGGAGGGGAAGGGGCACCGUGCUGACUGGCUCACUUUAUUCUGCAGAGAUCAGAGCUAGGCAUUACAGAAGUCUGCGCGAAGGGGCGGGGACGGAGUAAAGAAACAGGGUGGAGAGGCCGACGUUAAAGUGACGUAUCGCUUCUCCACCUUUUUGGUUUUUUUGUGGGUUUUUUUACUCCUGCUCCUCUCCCUCUCCUGUUCUCUUGUAGUGUGUUGUUGUUCUGGAGCUUGAUUCAUUUUCCUCUCUGACUCGUUAUUAUAUGUAUAAUAUAAAAAUACAAACUGCGAACAGGGUGUUUGUUGCUUGGAGAAUUAGUCCAGUCUACUUCCCUUUACACUUGCCACACGACGAGGAUCUUCAGGGAAGGCGUUGUAUGGGUCCGGAUAGGGCGUGAAGCGACACAGUCGGAGUGUAUUUUUGUACGAGGGCGUGAGAACGCAGGGUUCUCCUGCUGUCAUACUGUCCGUGAAAGCUGUAUUCAAGCACGUACAUGCAUAUAUACGUAGGGCAGUUUGUGCAUGCGGUGUUUGGCUGAAGCAGGUAUGAGUGUGCGUGUAUUUCCGAGUACUUGUGGAUGAGUGAAUCUAGACCAUUCCAUGUGAGAUUCUCGCAGCAUUCCCACUCUUGUUGGAAUAGCUCCUGUAGGUCAGUGUGUAGAAGUGCUUCUGGAGGCGACUCCUCAUAUCCAAAUCGUUAGGAAGUCAAGAUUAUGGCUGGAUGGGAGUGGAUGACAGUGUCAGAUCGUCUGAGCUUCCUGAAGAGAUAGUUUGGGAUUUUUUUUUUUUCAAACGGGGCUCUGUUAAAGUCUUAUGAGCACUUAAUAUCUUAUCGACGUUAGAUAUCUCUCGAGGUAUCUGCAUCUUGUUAAAAUGAAGAUUAUCUGAACCCAGAAGCUGGAGAUAACACAGUAAUUUGUAGAGCGGCCAAGGCGGAGGAGAUUUUUCUGUCUUAUAAGAACUUUGGUUUAAAUAAUGACAGCAUUAUGCAUUAUGCAAACUCUUUUUUUUUUUAUUAAUCUUUAUCUUUGUGACUCUUUAAACCUUUCAGGGAUCUCAUUUUUCCAGGUCUAACUACUUGAUUAUUACUCUGAAUUAUCAAGUAGGGAUUAUUGAUCUAUUGAUCUAGUUUAAUGUCGCUCUCUUUGCUAUUUUUGCAUAUCAGAAAAGUGAACAGCUUUUGUCAAAAUGUUCCCAUUUUUAUUGAGUCAAUUUCUAAAUAAAAGCAAAUUGUACUCAGCUUAAAUCAAAAGUAGAUAAAAGUAAAUAAAACAAAAGUAGGCGCUAUUAACUGGAAUGUUAUUUAUUAACAAUAAGAACUAAAACAAAAUGCGUUAACUUUUAUUAGGCCCUUCAUUAACGGGGAGUUGAGGUAAAUUUGGUUUGGCUAAGCGCUUCAUGAGCUUCAGUGACGUUUUAAAAGUAAUUUUUAUGCUUUCGACAAUCAUCUGCUUCUUACUUAAAAA